UAAACAAAUAGAUCUAGCUCCAUAUUUUCAAAGCGGAAUAACUCUGACAAGCACCUGACUGGUUUUUAUCCAUUACAUGUAGGACGAUAGCCCAUACUCUGGCUCAAACCAAGACUGGACAACCAUCUGAAUCAAUCGACCACUAACCAGUAAGUGGACGCCAUGUUGCCGCCGAGGUCAGUAUUGAUAACGGGGGCUAGUCGUGGACUUGGAUUAGAAUUUGUCAAACAAUUCCUUCAGGUGCCCACCCCACCCGAGUUUCUCUUUGCUACUUGCAGAAACCCCGACAAUGCAAAGGAAUUACAAGAAGUUGCAAAAUCAAACUCCUCCAUAACAAUCAUGAAACUUGACGUAAGUGAAAUGAACACGAUAGAGGAAGCCAAAAAAUUAGUGGAAUCCAAAGUGGGGGACGGAGGCCUGAAUCUGCUUAUAAACAACGCCGGCAUUAACAAGAGAGUGACGCUUGAUACCGUGACACCAGACAUGAUGCUGGAUACCUUUAACAUCAAUGUCAAUGGUCCCCUUUUUACUACAAAGGCCUUCUUACCACUCCUCCUCAAAGCAGCGAUAUCGUCGACCCCGAGUAACCCGUCCUCAGCUAUUGUCAACAUGUCCUCAAUAAUGUCCUCCAUCGCUCGUACCGUAACAUCGGACGCAGUAGAAUAUCGAGUUUCAAAAAGUGCCUUGAACAUGCUGACCAAGAUCCUACACAAUGAAUUAAAAGACAAAGGAAUCCACGUGGGAUGCUUACACCCAGGGUGGGUACAAACCGACAUGGGAACAGCGAAAGCCCCCGUUACCGUCUCUCAAAGUGUGUGUGGCUGUAUACAAGUGAUGUCAAAUAUGAAUGCAGAAAACGCAUGCGUACUCACCGAUUACACCGGAAACCCUUUACCAUGGUGACCUCUCAGAAGAAUGAAUGGAAGUCAAUUCGUUAUUUUUCUUUAUAUUAAAUGAUAGAAGCACUUUCUAAUGUGUUCAUUGAUAGAUUAAACAGACGCUGUAGAUACAUUUUUUUCUAGCCAUCCACUGUUUUGGUGUCCAAAGGCAAUCAAAGUGACAGUGAUUCACAAAUAUCAGCAUUGUUAUAUUGUUUAAACUGACAAAGACAAGCAGAAUACAUUGUUUGAACUUCGAUUUUCUUUUUCAUAUGUUU